AAGAGGCUUGUCAGUGCGCAAUCUUAUCCAAAAGACCCCUUUUCUGAUCGCAUGGACAUUUCGGUACUGAAAGUCCGACCUAGGAAAACAUGGGCAAUACUCCACCAAAACACAAUCACCGUGGGAAGACAGAUGGUGUACGAUGGUUGCCUAUGACGGUGAAAAGCCCUUAACAGUUUCCGACGAGCUCAUUCACUGGAAUAUGAUCUUUAGAACGACUAAGCUUCAGACGAUAAGAGUUACACUCCGAGCAAAGCUAUUUGGUUCCGUGGCAGCUAAGAGGAUCAGCUUGACACGUACAUUCCCCACUCUUCCAUUAACAUCUUGUUAAGAUGGACGGUCUGACAAUUUUGUCAGUAGUGGACGAAGAUCUGCCGCGACUAGCGGAGAUCAGCUUUCAUGCACGUCAGGAUAACCCAUUGACUCGAGCAAAGUGGCCCGAAGAAAUAUCAAUGGACCCGAAAACCCGAAAAGACAACUUUACAUCCCGUUUCAUAUUCGACUACUCGUCCUCGCGUUCAACAUAUCUCAAAGCAACUCUGAAUUCCGAGAUCAUUGGGUUCAUCGUGUGGGACGACCCACAGGAUCCCAAAGUCCAUCGCAUCAACGAUUGUAUCAGUCACGAACAAUACCUCCGUGGGGCAGAUAUGACCCUGCUGAGAUCUAUGGGCGCUCGGCACAAUGAGGCUGAAUCAGAGGUUGAUUCUCCACACCAAUACCUCUCGGACAUUAACGUCGCCAAGGAGGCACAGGGGAAAGGGGUGGGCAGUCAGCUCUUGGAUUGGGGCUUGCGGCUGGCGCAGAGGCGCCGUCAGCCAGUAUUCUGUUUGUCCUCUGAUGAGGGCUUUCGUCUGUACAGCAAGCGGGGAUUUGAAGUGGUGAGAUGGGUCGAGUUUCAGACGUCAUCUGGGGACAUCAUCAAGGAAAGAGUUCUUUGGAAACCAUGCAAGCCGUCGCAAGAAGAAGAUGGGCCAUAAUCGUACUCUCCUUUUCACCACGGUGCGCCUGUUGAUAGGGCUUGAAUGCAUUUGCGGGCU